AAUUAUUAAUGAAAGAUGACGGAUGAAAAGAAACAUGAACAAAAGUAUGAAAGCUUGAAUCUCAAUUUGUUUACGGAGGUUGCUUCUGACUACAAAGUCAACUCGCACAGUAAAAAUGUUCAAGAGGACAAAAUAAAUGUAACGGAGAGAUCGGAUUUGGAAAUAUAUGACAAUCAAUAUGGAUUUAACGUUUUCGAAGAAAAAACUAACAACGAAAUUAAUAUGGUUAUCAGUAUAGAUUCAGAUACUGAUGAUCAUUCUACAACAGCUGAAAAUGUUGAAGGCAAGAAUAGCGAUCGAUUGAAACAAUCGUUGUCCAGUCAAACACUUUCUCCCGAUACGCCCACUGGCGUUGAUAAAAUAAUGGAAAAUAUCGAUCAAUUAAUUCAGAUCAAAUUAGCCAUAUCUGAAGGAAACAUCCCAAAUGAUGCUUCGUCGGAUGAGAUACUAGAUUAUGUUAAAGCAGAUACAAUGGAAAUGAGGAAAGAAAACAACACUACUCGUCGUUUCCAGGAUGUUCAAGAAGCAAACACCCCAGAAGAAGGAAUCCAUGAAAACCAACGAUUAUCUAUUUUGAGUGUCGAUAGCUCAGCCGAUGGAGAUUUGGUAAUCGAUGAAAAUACCAUAACUGUAACUGAACCAAGCAGUUCUUACGAAACAACAGAAAAUACAAUCAAACUUUGGGAUGAGAUGCUAGGAAAUCGCGAUACACAUUAUGAUAGAUUCAUAUCGUCUUGCCCAGAAAAACUCUAUCUGAGUUGCACGAGAGAUACCGCUGCGGCCAGCAAUGAGUUGGCUGGCACACAAAAUAUCCAUUCUCGUUCGGGUUCUUUUCAUAGUAACGAUGGAAAAUUUGAACUAGUCGGAAUAAGCGGAACAUGCAAAAUUACUGGAAGUAGUAGCGUGACCUCUGAUCUUUUUCGGUCGUCUGGCCAGGAAAGUCCACAAAAAGAUGACUCAUCCGAUGAGAUUGAAGAUAUGUGCCUUGACGCGAUACGAAGACUGUCUCUGAGCGCCCCGGAGCAUCUUUCGCGUCAUAAUAGUCGGGACGAAUUUGACAAGUCAACAGCUACGCCUAUUACUACGGGUACCGCCUCACCUUUUAUGUUUUCUAAUGAGGCACAAGAAGCACUUGGUGAUGACGAAUUGAGAUAUAGAUUUGCUUUUUGUUCUGAUAAUAGCGGCCCUACAACUGAUGUUGAGAGUGCAUAUGAUAGAGAUAUUGAUAUGUUGUCGGAGGAAGGAUGUCUCGAUAGAGACGGCAUUCUGAAAGAAGAAGAUCUACGACGUGCUAUUUUUGAUGCGUUUCACGAUCUCAAUUGCAGUCACACACAUGCGACUUCUUUGCAACCGGGCGUCACUUGUGAUUCACUGGAAUUGGUCGGAGAUUAUGACGUUGUGCCAACCGACAAUUUACCUGGGGGUGGAAAUAAGAAUGAAGGGACUGGUGAUCCAGUCAAAUAUCAUUCUUCAGAUGACGACUGUAAUUUUCCGCUCCACCAUAGUAAUAGUAAAUCUUAUGCCCCUUCAAAUGGUAUUCUCUUGGAUAAUGAACGACGACAUACAUUGCGGAGCCUCUUGAUGAAUACCCCUCCAGUGCCAAUACUACAUCCUCAUGCCAGUGCCGAUCAUAAUACACCUGAUGGAGAUAAUAUUAACGAAAAUGCUUCAGAAUGCAAUGGUACGGAUCUGGAAAUGGAUGCAGUCGAUUCUAUAUCAUUUACUGCUUUAAAAAACCACAGAGCAAAUGAGGCCAGCACUGGGCGUCUUGUAUCUCCGAAAGUUGAACAAGAAACUGAAGAGCAACCUUCAUUUGAGACCAAUCGAAACUUAAAUCUACAUAUUCAAAACAUAGGUGAACAAAUAUUUCCCGACGAUCCAGAUUCUUGUCGUGAUUCCGCCUUCUAUGGCUCCAGAGAAGAUCCUUCACCAGAUAUGCCUUCGUUACCCACCGUUACAAUCGACUACUUCGUAUCAACAGAUACUUCUAUCCAGCGUAUGGAUGGAUCUUCUCCGGACCGGGACGGGUCUUUAAUAAUCGAGAAAGAAGAUCUUGAUUCGGACAAUGAUCUUUCAAUGACGCCUUCCAUAUCAAUAAGCAGUUUUCUUCCUUCUGAGACACAGUCUGUGAAUAUUCCCUUUUCGAUGACCUCGAAAUUUUCAACCUCACCAGAAACACAUGUGACUGCUGCAUCAUCGCUCCCGGAAUACAAUUUUGCACAACAUGAAGGUGGAAUAAAUUUACAAAACGUAACAAAGAAAAAAAGAAAUAAAAAAAUGUCUCGAAGAGCAAAUUCAAAAACCGGAAAUGAAACUAAUAGAGUAGCUGCAUCCGAUGCGUCUCAAAUCAAAUCGAAGCAGAGGACAAUCACGCGAAGCACCUCGACAUCGAAAAGAAAAUCAAGCCCUGUCAACCGUAAAUGCAUGCUAUCAUUAAGUCAAACUAAUUCUCAAGUGCUGAAAAUUAAUGAAAAAGCCAGUGCUGGGCGUACAUCCGUUUCUCUCGCUUCUUCAAGACAAUUAGAAUCAAGAAAAAGCAACUGCUCGCCCAUGGUAAACUCGGAUCACAAAAUAACAGACAUAAACAGAAAAAUGAAGAAGAAAGUUCCAAAGCAGCACAAACCUAAUACGCUGACAUUCAAACCAGAUGAUGUAAAAUUACGGCCAUCAACGAGACGAGGGAGGGAUGCCACGAAGCGUAGAUCAUGGCCUCCAAUGAUGUCUGAUCAAUCGUUCAAAAAAGUAGGCUUGAAACGAUCUCUAUCUUUUCGCGACGGAAUAAAUAGGAUCAACAGUUUGACCAAUGGCUACAAAGACUUCGUCCCUCUGUCUCCCGAGAAAAGAGAUAUAAGUCGUCGCGCCCACAGUGAAGGUUCCGUUGCUUCUUCCCAACUCACAAUUUUCAGACAAAGUAAUAAAAUUGGGAGACUUCUAGAAAGUAAUAGGAGGCAUAAUGAAAACCGAAUUACACCGAGAAGGACACUUAGAGAUCGUCAACCAGGGGAAAAGUAUGAUAAGAAGGCUGCGAAAACUCAGAAUUUAGCUUCUUUAAAGAAAAGCACAAAUGCGAGAAAAAUACGUAAAAAAGAUGACCAGGCUCAACGAAAGGCAAGCAGCUCAACUGAAAGUUUUGCUAAAGAAAACUUGUACAGUUCUGAACCAAGCCACGUUACAAAGAUGUCUUCAAAAAGUUCCCGAAGCAGAUCGUCGAGAUUAUAUAGAUCUUCUUGUUCUGAAGAAGGUUUACGUCGUCAACGAAAUCCAUCUUCAAGUCAGGACCGUUCACCAACUGUAAGAUCUCGUAUCACUUCCAACUCUAGCGCUCCAAGUACAAAAACUCCACCGAAUACGCGAAAACCGUCUAUUCCCCGAAAGUCGGCUCCAGAUUUUAUACAGCAAAAUCGAAUUAAGUCAACACGACAAAAACCCAUUGGGGCCAUCAGAGCGCUCGGUAGCAAUCUACAAAAAGCAUCGGAAUUAUCUAAAUUGAGAAGAAAAAUAAGGGCCCCAGAAAUCAAGAAUUAUUCCUCUCGGAAAGCGCAUACAUUUGAAGAAUCUUUGAAGAAGAAUAGGAGCCCAGUAAAACCAAAAAUAUACAAGGCAAUGCAUAAGAGACCAAUGUCAGGCAGCGAUGAUACCUUAGGGGAGGCCUCCCCCAACCUCCCAUGGAAUCGUACACAACAUAAUUAUCAGAACAAAGAGAAUAAUGAAGCGACGAUUUUGAACGCUGCGGAAAGGGCAGUCAUCCGUAUCGCUGAUGAACGCGACAAAGUACAGAAAAAGACAUUUACAAAAUGGAUAAACAAGCAUUUAGUCAAGACCCGAAGACAAGUGGAUAAUUUAUACGAAGAUUUGAGAGAUGGCCACAACUUGAUCGCAUUACUGGAAGUUUUAUCUGGCGAAACCUUGUUUUCAAUAUCAGUUGAGGUCUCGUAUGAUAUGGCAAUUUGCAAAGAAUGCCAUCGCCCCACUUACGAAAUUUCCCGCCAGAAAUGCGCAGGACUGCAUUUCUCUAAUGAUUUAUUUAAAUCACCGCGCGAAGGAGACUACAUGAAUCAAAUGCGUUUGCCGAGAGAAAAGGGUCGAAUGAGAUUUCACAGACUUCAAAAUGUGCAGAUAGCUUUAGACUAUUUGAAGAAACGAAAGCUUCGUCUUGUCAAUAUAAGAAAUGACGACAUAACAGAUGGAAAUCCGAAACUCACACUCGGACUUGUGUGGACAAUCAUUCUUCAUUUCCAGAUUGAGGACAUAGCCGUUGAAGGCGAAGAUGAUCUUUCUGCAAAACAGGCCUUGUUAUUGUGGGCUCAACGAAAUAUGGAAGGAUACGACGAUAUCAGGGUCACCAAUUUUACGUCUUCGUGGAGAGACGGAAAAGUUUUUAAUGCAAUUUUACACAGGAAUAGACCUGACCUCAUUGACAUGGAUCAAGUACGUAAGUCAGACAACAAAUCGAAUCUAGAAAAUGCGUUUUCAGCGCUCGAGAAGGAAGUUGCAGUGACAAGAUUGCUGGACCCAGAAGAUGUUGAUGUCGACAAACCAGACGAGAGAUCGUUGAUUACGUACGUUUCAUCGUUGUACGACGCCUUUCCGAAAGUUCCUCCAUUCCCGAUUUCAAUCACAGUCGAGGAAUGGCAAUUCACUUGGGAAGAAUAUCGAAUUCUUGUGACAUCAAUUCUGGAAUGGAUUCAGAAACAGAUUGUCAUUCUACGAAGACGUGAAGGCAUACCAUGUCAAACAGUGACAGAAGCCAAAAAUUUAAUUCACGAAAUUAAACUUUUCCAAGAGAACGAGCUAGCUAGAAAAGAGGCGGACAAGAAUCUUGUAAGCCCAAAAUAUUGCGACCUGGAACAAAUGUCACAAAAAUCAUUGGGACGAUUUGAAAUUCCCGCCGGAUAUGAACCAGCAAAAGUUGAAGCGGCAUGGCAAGAACUGAUGGCCGCAAAUGAUGAAAGAGAAGGUGUUCUUACAGCUGAAUACAGAAGAUUGGAAAAACUUCAUAAUCUUGUACUAAAAAUCACAAGCGAAGCGAGCGAAUGCCGCACAAAACUGGAAGGAGCCGAAAAACUAAUUAAAAUCAUUGAAACAGAAGGCGAUGAUUCCGACCAAAUGCAAAAACAAGUUAAUGCAUUGCUUGGCGACAGCGAAAAAGAAAUCCGAGUUAUGUUUGUUGACGUACAAACUCUCAAAGAUGCCGAAUAUCAUCAAGCAGAUGACAUGUACAAAACAGUCUUUUUGCUUCACGAAAAGUGGGUCGCACUACGUUCAACCUACACCACUGCACUCAAGGACGCACCGAAUGUACGUUCAGCAAUUUUAGCUCGUCUCAGACCCAAACUCCAAGACACAAAAGAAUAUAUUUCUCUUCAAGGUGCUCUAAGAUGGGUGGCUGACAAAACGAGGGAAACAGAAUCAUUUCCACUGGGAGAUGAUCUACCAAAAGUUGAAAACCAGUUGGCUGUGUUCAAAGCAUUAGAAGACGAAGUUGAUAAAUUCAAUGCUGACGUUAGAGAGUGUCAGAAAGCAAAGGAUGCUUUUGAUAAAGGAAGUGAAGAUUGUAAGAGAUAUUGUCAAGAUUUGUCACAACUUGAAGUCAACUAUUCACUUCUGCAGAAUGCCGUGGAGAUUCGUGAAGGUCAAAUUUCUUCUCUGCUCAAGUUCAUACGUGAAGCAACACAACAUCUUAUGUGGCUCAAUGAAAUAGAAGACAACGAAAUAAACAGGGAUUUUACGCAAUAUACAUCUGACGUUGAACCUCUCGUGAAACAAUUAUCUAGAAUGAAAUCGGAUGUCCAAUCACACGAUACUUCAUUCAAAUCUACCAUUCACGACGGGGAACGAUUAGUCCACGAAAACCACCCUGCAAGAAAUACAGUUCAGGCUUACCUCACUCAACUAAACAAUCAAUGGGAAUGGAUACAGAGUUUAGGAUAUUGUCUACAGCAACAUAUACUGCAAUUGAACCAGUACCAACAGUUUCACACCGACUGCGGAAAAGCCGAGACAUUUUUGCGUGAUCGCGAAUCGGACUUGGAUGAAAAAAUGCGUGAAAUAUCUCCUGAUACUGAGCCUGAUCGUGCAGAGCAUAUUUUCCGUGACAUAUUCUUUGAAUUCUCGCAAAUAAAAGAAGAUUUGGAAAAAUUCAAACCAACUGUAACAAAUUUGAUUGGUCGCAGCAAAGAUAUACCGUGCGUAGAAGAAAGACCAAACCCGGUUAUCAAAGAUUCUAAACCGACUGUACAAGCUUUGUGUAGUUAUAAGCAAAUGAAUCUUUCUAUCGCUAAGAGUGAAGAAUGUGCUUUGUUAGACAAACCGCAACCGACAAGAUGGGUCGUUAUCAACUCCGUUCAACAACAAGGAGAAGCUCCGUCGGCAAUUUUUGUCAUACCGCCUCCUAGUGCUAAAUCUAUCUCUCGCGCCCAGGCGCUGGAACGAGAUUAUCUGGCGUUUUUGGAAUUGUGGCGUGAAAGACAUGCCAGAGUACAGCUGUUAGUGGCCAUCAACAACCUUCAAAGAAGUAUCGGAUACGUAUCAUCGUGGACGAUAGAAUCGUAUCGUCUUUUGAGUCCUAUUGAACGGGAUCAAGCAUUGAAGAAUUUGAAAGACGGUCUCAAAGGAAUUGAAGAUGCAGAAUCAAAUGAUCCAACCUUGACUGUCAAAAUCGCCUCUCUACGCGUCGAAGUUCAAAGAUGUCUGAAACUUGCUGAAUCUCUUGCUAAACAAAUGGACCAAGAUGACAAGGACGAAGAGCAAUGCCGUACUUACAUUUCACGAUUAAACGUAAUUCUUCGUCGACUCAACACUAUUGAUGGAGUUGUUUCUGUUCGAGUGAAAACAGCUCUUCCAAGAGACGUCGCUAGUGUGCAACAUGUCAUCAACGACCACGAGAGCUCGGUGGUUGAACUCAAAACAAUCCAACCUCAGUACGCGGAAGUUCGUGAAGGUUCAAAACAAAUCAUGGAAAGAGAGGAUUGUUCUGCUCCAUCGAAAGAGGAACUCGGCAAUCAACUUGGAGUAGUUGAGAAAAAAUGGGAUCGAACAUGGAAUAUUUCUACUCUGUACUUUGACAAGUUGAAAAUGGUCUACGUUGUUGUGCAAUCGACAAAAGAAGCGCAAAAUAUUGUUUCAGGCGUCGAAACGAAGAUUGAAGAAAAUAAAGAAAUCCCGAAAGAUUCGGAUAGCUUGAGAAAACAACAAAUCAUUUACCAGGAAAUGCGAGACACUCUCGAAAAGAAUCACCCCCUUAUCGUAAAUCUGCAACGAGAUGCCCAAAAGGCGAAUGAAAUUGGCACCAAACUUGUGAAGGUAGCAAAUACCCAAGAUAAUAAAGUUACCGAAGACGUGGACGUUCAGAAAUAUACUGCUGAUGUCAAGGACGUCGUAGACAGAUGGCAAGUUUGCAAAGUCUUCGUCGAUGAAAGGUUGACAAAAUUCAGCGAUUUAUUGCCGAAAGCACAGCAAGGCGAAGCGGAUGAACAGCGAGCUAAAUCUCUAAUCGACCGUCUAAAUAAAUUGCUAGCCACCCUUGACAGCAUUUCGACUAGCCAAGAGGCUCAAAUGGCAGUUUGGCUGCCACGAUCGGUACCGGCACUCCAGCAAGCCGAAGAUAGUCAAGGAACUGUGGUGAAACGAGUCGAAGAUUUGAAACCCGAAUACGACUCUGCUCAAACUGUCGUCGUUAACUUCAUCAACGAGGAAACCUCUGGCUUGGCACCGAGCAUACCGUUCUUACGUGACACACUUCACAAAGUUCAAGAGAAGUGGGCGAUUGUAUGGCUCAUGACGCACGUUUACUUCGAAAAGAUCAAAGGACUUCUUUACACACAAAGUGCGAUAAUCGAAUGUGAGAAGGCGGUAUCGUCAUACGAAAAAAUAAUUUCAGAAAGAUCUCAUUCCACGACGGAUGUCGAUGCGCUACGUAAAAGAAAUGACAUCUUCCAGAAAUUGGCUGCUGACAUUCCAGUACACGACUCAAAUUUCGAUGCUUUGUCAAAAAAUCUGAUUUCUACUCGCGAAGUUUCUCAUCAAUUGCCUCCUACUAUUGCCGAUAAAUGCAACAGCGAUUUGGAAGCUUAUUCUAACGAUAUUGAAGAUUUACAACGUCGAUGGGAAGAAGCAAAAUCGAAACUUACAAUGUUGGCUGAUCAAGUGAAAAUCCAGCUGCCGAAAAUGGAAAAAGCUGCUGCUCAAGAACGUUUAUUGUCGGAUAUUCUUUCUCGUAUUCGUGCACUGAGUCGUGGAUUAGAUAGCAUCACUCAAUCACAAACUGCCAGAAUGCAAGUUAGCUUACCAUCAGAAGCGAUGGGCUUACAAAAAUGCCAAGCACAGCAAAAGGACGUUCAAAAUCGUUUAACCGAUCUCUCGUCCGAUUACGAACCUUUGGUUUCCGAGUGCAACAAUGUACUUGAGCAUGGGGACUUGGAAAGUCCAACAGCAACCACAGUUCGUGAGGAAUGUGACAAAAUGACAGAAAAAUGGAUUUUAUUGAAUGAAAUUACAGGACUAUUCUACGCGAAAAUUAAAGUAUUACAUGACGUAUCUGAGCUUAUGCAUGACGUCAACGUUGUUGUUGUGACUUACGAGCAGACGCUUGAUGCCAAUGACCACUUGCCAGAAAAGGACUUGAAUGCUCUACGCAAGCAACAGGCUCUAUUAAAGGCUCUAUCUGACAACAUACCGACUCAUGAGCCCAAGUUUCCUGAUGUCAGCGAAACGCUAGAAAUCGCCCAGGCAACCACUAAAAAGUUAUCGGAAGUCUCUGAUAUCCCUGAGCAAGAUGUUCCUCAGCGCGAUCGCGAUUUCAAAGACUUGGAAGCUCGAUGGGAAGAAGCAAAAAAGAGACUUCAACAAAGACUUAUUUUACUGGGACAACGCAUACCAAUCAUGGAAAAAGUUGCAUCGGAAGAAAGCACAGCUGCUUCUCUUUUGCCUGGCGUGGAAGCUUUUAUUCACGAGCUGGAACGUCUCGAAAGCGCUCAACUUGUUCGUGCAGAUGUUAUGCUGCCAUCUGACGUCAACGCAGUGUCACGUGUCGUCCAGCAACAAAAGACUACCAUUGAACACUUCGUCAAUGAUGUAACGCCUAGAUAUGCUGCUCUUUUGGCGCAAUGCAGACCCUUGAUUGAAAAAGAGAACUCAACAGCGCCAUCAGUGACUGAAUUGAAGAAGGGGGUUGAGAAAAUGGAAAAUAAAUGGGAAUUGGUCGAUCAUCUUGUGAAGUCAUACUUGAAAAAGGUCAACGCUUUAUUGGAACUUCUCGAACGCUUAGCUGUUGUCAGACCAAUACUGAAGACUUACGAAAGUGAGGUCUCAAAAUCGAGACCAAACGAGAAAUCCUCCGUAGAAGACUUGAAAGCAUGCUGUGCAACACUCCAGAAACUCAAAUCUGGCGUUCCUGUGGAAGACCCUAAAUUUGAUGCGGUCACCAAAGCUCUCAAAGACGCAAAAGACGCCGUCGAAAAAACUGACGAAGGUGACCAAGACAUUGUUGCCCAUGAAGCCGAAUGCAAAGAAGUCGCUGAAAGAUGGGAAAAAGUCAAGGCUGAAUUGGAAAUCAUAUUGGCAGAAGUGGAGGCCAGGAUUCCAAACGCCGAGAAAGCUGCCUCUAUUGAAGCGAAAUGUAAAGAACUUCUUCCGUCACUUAAAAAGCUCAUUUCUGAACUUGACUCAUUAGAACACGCUAUUCGGGCGAGAAUUGGAAUGUGCAUGCCCGCCGAACCAGAGAGUGUCGAAAAGGCAAUUGCUCAACAAAAAGAAACAUCAAAUCGCUUGGACUCUUUGGAACCAAAAUACAAACAGCUGAGUGCAGAGGUUGAAAUCAUUUUGAAAUCUUCGGACGAUGAAACUCCCUCAAUAUCUCAACUCAAAUCGGAACAGAAAACGGUCGAUAAAAAAUGGGAGACAGUGCGAUAUUUGAGCACCCUGUACAUUGAAAAAUUGGAUCGAUUACAUGAUGCGACUGAAAAAGCCCGGGUAGCCCGUGUUACAAUCCGUCAAUAUGAAAUUUAUCUUAUUGAAUUGGAUACAAUGUCGAGUGAUGUACCAGGACUGAAAAACCAGGUUCAAUUACUCGAGAAAUUGGAUAAAGAAAUACCGCAACACGAACCCGAAUUUAAGACACUUGAAGGCGCUGUUAAAGACUUGCGUGAUUGCGGGGAUAAACUGGGAAAAUACAGUGGAAUUGAUGACCUCGAUGCUCCACAAUAUCAAGACAUUUCAGAUGAUUUGAGCCAGCGAUGGGACGAAGCAAAGGACCAAGUCAAGAAUAGAUUGAAUUAUGCAAGAGUCGCUGAAGCUAAAUUGUCAGAAUAUGAAGACAAAGCUGCGAAACAGAACGAUCAUUUGGGCAAGACCGAGAAUAUAUUGAAUUCAGAAGAAUACAGCAAAGUUAAAACAACAUCAAAAGACAUUGCCGAUCAGAUUAAAGAUCAUGAAGGACUCAGUGAUGACAUUGAUAGUCAGCAAUCCAAUAUGGAUUCUCUCGUUGUCUUAGCAACUGAAUUUGAUGACGCAGCAAAAAAAUAUGACGACACCGCUGCCAAAUUUGAACCACGUGAUGCGGAGCUUGCCGCCAAAAAGAAGGGAACUAAAACGACGACAAGAAUUGUGGUCUAUGAGGUGACUACAAUUACAAGAAAAUAUGACAAGCUCAAAAACCUGAUAUCUGAGCGAGUCGAUCGCUACAGCGUUGACUACGACAAGGCGAAAGAUCGCGAGGAUGCGGCCAAACGUGAAGAAGAGGAACGCAAUAGUAAAACUACUACCAUCACGGAAAUUACCACAACUACUACCUCGAAAAAGAAGAAGUCUAAGAAGGAUAUUCUGUUUGAUACUGCUUUCCGACGACAAGCUAGCUUGUUUGAUUUAGAUGAGGCAGGAUGUGUAUCACCGGAAACAACUGAACAGUUGCAACUUGGCAAUGUCACAGAGGAAGAUGUCGCACCAAGCUUGCACCAAUACUUGGUUGGUCAGCAACCAAUAUCUGGAAUCAUUGUUAAAAAGGCUAACAAUAAGAAAAUGUCGAUCAGUGAAGCGAUGAUACGCGGAAUCAUCAUGACAGGAACCGGACUUGCUCUUAUCGAAGCCCAGGCUGGUUGUGGAAAUAUUAUCGAUCCCCACACUGGGAAUAUGAUGACAGUAGACGAGGCCAUUAAAAAAGGUUUGGCAGAAAAGAAAUACGAAGAUGCUUUGCAACGUGCAGAGAAAGCCGUGACUGGAUAUCCGGAUCCAGUAACCGGAAAAAUCUUGUCUCUUUACGAAGCCAUGAAUAAAAAAUUUGUUGUUGAAAGCCAUGGCAUUAGACUUCUUGAGGCUCAGAUUGCUACAGGUGGAUUGAUCGAUCCUCGUGCAAAUCACAGAGUAUCAAUUCAAGUGGCUUACAGACGUGGUUUGUUCGAUGAACGAAUGAAUGCGAUACUUGAAGACCCGUCUGAUGACACUAAAGGAUUUUUCGACCCAAAUACAAAGAAAAAUCACACAUAUUUGGAACUGAUGAGCAAAAGUAAAGUCGAUCCUGUUACUGGAGUCCGAUGCCUCGAGAUCACAAGAGAUGACAUCGAUUUGAAACGGGUUACCAUGGAAAUUACUGAAAUUAUAACGACGACAACUACCAAAAGAAAACGACGUCAAGAUAUCAGAUUCAAAACUGCAUUCCGUCGUAAAGCAUCUUUGGUCGAUCUAUUUGAAGCUGGAUUAGUGACAGAAGAACAAAUGAUAGGUUUGGAAGCUGGUACAAUACAAGAAGAAAAUGUCGCUUCACAACUUCAACAAUAUUUAUUCGGUGGUGAGGAACCGAUAGCCGGAAUCAUUAUGGAAAAGACAGGCGAAAAAUUAUCCAUCAACGACGCUGUUCGCAAAACCAUUAUCAAAAGAGGAACCGGUAUUGAACUACUGGAAGCACAAGCUGCAACAGGCAACAUCAUCGACCCUAAAAAUGCCAGUAAAUUGUCAGUCGACGAGGCAGCAAAAUCUGGUCUUAUCGAUGCUCUGCAUGUUGAUACAUUGCAUAGAGCAGAACGAGCAGUUUAUGGAUACAAGUUACCUGGUACAAAUACAAUUUUGUCGCUUUUUGAAGCCAUGAAGAAAGGUCUGGUUGUAGAAUCUCGUGGAGUUCGUCUUCUUGAAGCCCAAAUUGCUACUGGUGGCUUGAUUGAUCCGAGAGCAGCUCAUAGAGUACCUAUUGCUGUCGCUUAUGAGCGUGGAUUAUUUGACGAAAGAAUGAAUCAAAUAUUGGAAGAUCCAUCUGAUGACACAAAAGGAUUCUUCGAUCCAAAUACUCAAGAAAAUUUGUCAUAUUUAGACCUCAUGGAAAGAUGCAUCACUGAGGAGGAUACUGGACUAAGAUUUCUUGUUCUCAAAGAAAAGAAGAGCAAAAGACGAUCGAAAAAAGAAGAAUCCGUCAAGAAGGAAGUCACUCGCGAAAGAACAAAGAAGGAUUCUCCGAGGAAGACAGUUACUACCGAAGAGAGAAGUGAAGUUGAUGGAAAAACAAGCCGAAAAACGAAGACUGUCGAAAAAAUAACAGUCACACAUGAAAUGGCGAAGAAAACUGAACCGGUUACUAGAGAUGAUAUAACGUUCAAGACAGGAUACAGACGGGAAGCUAAACUCGGCGAUUUGGUUAAAACAGGUGUCGUGAGUGAAGAAAUAGCAACACAGUUAGAGCAUGGUACAAUUAAACACUCUGAUGUUUACGAUAAAAUCAGAAGGAAUUUAGUUGGAGACGAACCGAUUGGAGGAAUCCUUGUCGAAUCUACGUCAGAAAAACUAAGCAUUAACGAAGCGGCAAAGAGAGGAUUUCUGACCAGAGGAACAGCACUGCAAUUUUUAGAAGCCCAGGCGGCUACAGGAAAUAUCAUUGAUCCAAAAUCAGGAGAACGCCUCGGUGUUAUGGAUUCGUAUUCUUCGGGUCUGAUUGAUCGAUUGCAUAUUGAUCCUCUGGAACGGGCAGAAAGAGCAGUGUUGGGAUACAAGGAAAAGGGAUCUGGAAAUGUAUUAUCAUUAUUUGAAUGUAUGAGAAAGGGUUUAGUGACUGAGACUCGUGGAAUCAGACUUCUUGAAGCUCAAAUUGCAACGGGCGGUUUGAUUGAUCCACGAUUGAACCAUCGUUUACCAAUUUCGGUUGCUUACAAACAAGGUAUCUUCGAUGAAAGAAUGAACGAGAUAUUAGAAGAUCCAUCUGAUGAUACAAAGGGAUUUUUCGACCCCAAUUCGAUGAAAAAUUCGUCAUAUUUGGACUUGGUGCAAAAAUGCAUACAAGAUCCCAAAACUGGAAUAAAGCUUCUAGAAGUUAAAGGUACAGGAGGUCAACAGACGGAAGGAACCGGAAAAACGAAAAAUCGGAAAGACAUUAAAUUUAAUACCGGCUUUCUAAGAACUGCUUCUGCCAUAGAUUUAUUGGAAGCUGGUAUUAUAACUGAAGAAACCAUUAUUGCGUUGGAAAGAGGUUUGAUCUCCGAGGAGAAUGUGGCUGCUUCUAUUUCUAUGUAUCUACAUGGUGAACAACCAAUUGCUGGACUCAUCUUGGAAGCAACUGGUGAAAAAUUAAGUAUUCUGGAAGCAGUUCAACAAGGAAUAAUCAAGCGUGGAACUGGUUUGGAGUUGUUAGAAGCGCAGGCUGCCACUGGAACAAUCAUCGACCCUCGCUCUGGUGACCGAAUGUCCGUUACAGAUGCGUUCGGUAAAGGAUUAGUUGACAACACCCAACGUGAUGCAUUGGAAAGAGCGCAAAGAGCGGUCACCGGUUACAGAGACCCCAUCACGCGUCACACACUGUCUCUUUUCGAGGCAAUGAGAAAAGGGUACGUCACUGAAUCACGUGGUAUACGUCUUCUGGAAGCUCAAAUUGCAACUGGAGGUUUGAUCGAUCCUAACGCUGCCCAUCGUGUCCCAAUUUCGGUUGCAUUCAGAAGAGGUAUUUUCGAUAAAAAGAUGAACGAUAUCUUGGAAGAUCCAUCCGAUGAUACAAAAGGAUUCUUUGACCCCAACACAAACGCCAACUUGACUUAUUUGGAACUCAUGUCUCGAUGCCAGACCGAACCCGAUAGUGGAAUGGUGUUCUUGAUCCUGAAGGACAAAAGAUCAAGCAAAAGGUCUAAAAGCAGCAGCUCCAGCAGAAAGAAACGUAGAACGACUCAAAGAACACGAAAAGUCAUCAUCGUCGACCCAGCAACCGGAAAAGAGUUGUCUGUCAGAGAGGCCCAUAAGAAAGGUCUUAUUGAUAGCGAAACUGCUAAACAGUUGAUGGCACAAGAGGGCGAAUGGGAAGAGACGGAAGGAUCAUCGUCAAAAUCGAAGAAAGUUCCACCAUCCGAACAAGCUCCAAUUGUAGAUUCGCAAACGGGAGCCAGCAUAACAAUAGACGAUGCUGUUGAUAAGAGUUUAGUAGACAAAGGAACUGCGGCAAAAUUUAAACUGGGCGAAAUUUCUGUUGAUGAACUUACCUCACGAUUGGCUCUGCUGUCCCACGGUAUUAAUGGACCUAUUGGUGGAAUUAUUGAUUUAAAGAAAGGUGAAUGUAUUACAAUUGCUGAGGCGGAACGCAGACGACUUGUUGAUGGUACUACGUCACAAAGACUGCUAGAAGCUCAGGCUGCAACUGGUGGAAUUGUGAAUCCAGCGAAUGCUGCACGAAUGACCAUCAACGACGCAAUUUCUGCUGGGGUUAUUGACAAACGAGCCGGACAGAGAAUUGAAAAAGCAGAAAUGGCUUUCAGAGGAUUCCAAGAUCGCAGAACCAAGGAGAUUUGCUCUUUAGGAGAAGCUAUGAAAAAAGGACUUUGCUAUUAUGACGCUGGUUUGAGAUUGUUGGAAUAUCAAUAUGUAACUGGUGGUGUGGUUGAUCCUAACAACGGCUCCCGCAUUUCUGUCGACGAAGCGAUAGAAAGAAAGUGGAUUGAUCAAAGAACAUCUGAUAGAUUGACUGAUUUACGAAGAUAUGCUCGAUCCAUUGUCGAUCUGAAGACUAAUUUAUUGCUUACCUAUCCAGAAGCGUUGGAACAAGCAACGUUGGACAGUCAUACUGGUUUACGUGUUAUGGAAGCCUUGCCUAGAAUUGAUAGAAACGCCAGACUUGCUGGUGGUCUAACGAUUAGAGCUGGUUCUAUGCAGUCGUCUCUCACAAGCUCUCUUGCCAGUUCUAGAGCCGAAAGUCCAAUUGGGUCUCCGAAGAGGCGUGGUAGUUUUGAUGACGACACUUCGCCUUUAACCUCUCCCAGGAAGUGAAAUUGAUUGGAUGAUUAAUAUGAAGGACGACCUCGAAUGGACGUUACAAUGUGAAAAAUCGAAGUGGAAUACUGAACACUGCAACCGGACGACUUUCUUAAUUAAUUAUGCUCGGUCAUGCAUUUCUCGCGGAUAUAUACUACAAUUUCUUGCAUUAUAUGCAUGGCCCAGCAUAAUUAAAUUAUAACUAGAACGUUCUUUCCUGAUUUCUUUGUGUUCCGCAAUGUCUUUGUAAAAAUUGUAUUUUUGGAAUGUAUUGCUUUUAAUUAAUAUGAUAUAUAUUGUAAUAAAAAUGAUUUUUAGGGGUGAAAAAUUAGCAAACGCUAAAUGUAGGUAUUACUCGCGGUACGACGGAGUCAAUUGAAAAUAGUACAAUAUUAAUUACUAAUACCAUUGUGUGAUUUGUGUGCUCUUUACUUUUUUUAUCUGCUUGCACAUUAUCGUCUUAAUAUUACAAAAAUCACAUAGCAGGUGUACCAUACGAUAUAAUAGAUUGUAAAUUUUAAAAUUACGUUUCGUGGUGUGUUUUUCUAUUUCUCUUUUUGGAAAUUGGCUAUGUUAAAUCAAAUAGGGAGUCAUUUUAAGUUCCUCAAAUUCGCUGUUGAUGAAAUAAAUCGUCGAUUCUGACUGCAAAAUUAACCGCUGAUUUGACACCAUUAUUAAACUUUGCAAUAUGUUUCUGGUUUGUAUCAAAGGUUUUUGACUUUGAUGAAGUCAACUUAACCAAUCGAUCGAAUAUAAACUGCCUUCUGCUUUAAUUAUGGAAUAUUUUUGAUAAUAAAGUAAAUGUAUAUAAUUACAUUACACGAUCUAGCAUUGCACAAAAUGUACAGAAAUCGCGACAGUAGUACUUUGUAACUUAAUAUUUGAUACAAAAAUCAGCACCGUGCACUUGGCUAGACUUCUGUGGUAAAUUAAUAAUAUUCCAGUCAAAAUUGGUCGUUUCAGGUUGUUUUUAAUCCAACAUACCCGAACACUAUAAUCCAUUUUUGACUGAAAUUUAGCUGUAUAUAUCGCAAUUACAAUUUAAAUAAAAAAUCUCAAUUAGCCAACAUGAAUAUGUAAAAAUUAAAACUAAUAUAGCAUUAAAACAUUAAUUUUUAUUAACUUUUAGCAGUUACGGGUUGGGGGACCCGUAAUUUCGCUCGAACUUGCAAUUACAUCGCCUGCCUGACAUUGGUCUCUUUAAUCGAAAUGUAAAUAUGCUACUUUUAUUUUUUAUUUCAUUUAAACAACAAACAAACAAAAAAAGGAUUUUGUGCGGAACUCGUAUAUUUUCUAAAGUCGAAAAAAAAAUCAUUUUUAAGUGAAAAUAGAAUAGAAAAAAUAAAUAUUGUAAAGAACUAAUAUUACUAAUAGCAUGUAUUCCCGCUGUAAAUUAUAUUUUAUCAAUUCUGCACUUUGAAUUUUGGGGCAAUUUAUUUGAAAAAUAUUACAAAAAAACUUUGCUAUUAAGAGAUUAGAUACAUAAAUAGACAAAAAUUGUAUAAAAAUACUCAAAUUCUUUUUGCAAAAACUAUAACAGCUUUUAUAAAUCACUAAAAGUCAACAUUUUCUUUUCUGGUGUCAAAUUUUUGGUUUUGGGUAGUGUUUUGCGGAUUUAGCUAGUUUCCAACGUAUAUAGAAUGAUGAAGUUUAUUUUGUGCUUAUUCUGACAAUUUGAUAUUUUACUGUAGACGUAAUUAAGCAAUUGUUUUCUCAAUUUACCUGCAACCGACAUCGGUGCUAAUAUUUCCCAAUGCAAUUGAAAAGAAAAAAUAGUACGAAUCAGUGGUGCUUUUGAAAGUUUUAUUAUUCAGUAAGAUCUCUUACGUAGGCAAGCACGACUUUCUAUGACCGAUGAUUUGCAACUUGUAAAUAAACUUGCUUACAACGAGCUGUAGAAUAGAACAUCUUACCAUGUCGUAUUUUACAAAAAUCAUGCAUUGCCAACGCAUUAUAUUACCCUGCUUGGUACUAUCGUGGUUUUAUUAUAAUUUUCUUAAUUGCUGAGUGUAUUUGUGUGAUGUAGACUUGUUUUGAAAUAAAAAACAAACUUUUUCGCUUCAUGUAUUUGCGUGCUAAUAUGUGCUUUGAAGAAUAAAAGCAAUCCGUGGUAA